CUGGUCGUGCGCAUGCUGGCCUUCUGCGAGGGCGACCGGCCGUCCGCCCGGGAGGUGCUCGGCGAGCCCUGGAUCGCCAGCGGCUCGCAGGCGUGCAAGGCCGCCAGGGCCGCGACGGCCCCAGCGGAGUUCGGCCUGUGGAGGCCGCGCGACGCGCCGGGCUUCGCUGAGCGCGCGCGGCGCCGGGGCAGGCUGGCGCCGAGGCUGCGGCUGAUCGUGGCCGCCAUGUGCCGCCACCUCGACGCCGAGGCCUUGCUGCCGGCCCGCCUGCUCUUCCGCUGGAUGGACCUAUCGGGGAGCGGAUUCCUCUACGAGAAGGACCUGCGCCAGGCCGCGGAGCGGGUCGGCCUGGACCCGGCCGCCGCCGCGGUGAUCUUCAGCGCCGGCGACAUCGCGGGUGUUGGCAGGGGCGGUCCCGGACCUCCAGGUGAUUUUGGAUAG